AUGACUCCCGGCGAUUGUGCCACACUUGCAGUCAAAUGUGCGAUAAACGCUGGAUUCGAAUGUAAUGACGUGGCACUUAUCCUUCAAAUUACCGGAGGCGCAUUAACGUUUACUGGCACAGGACCUGGACAAAUCGCAGAGACGUCUGUCACUUGUGGGGACGAUGUAAUUUGGCAAGAUCCACAUGGAAAGGCAGCCUUUGGUUGCUAGAUCGCAUGCCGAUUUUCUUGGAAAGUCACAAACUUUCUAGGGCAGAUCCUCGUAGUUCUCCGCGCAACCGCUGACCUGGGUCGCGCGCUCGCAAGCCCGUGACUCAAAUUGCACCACUUUCGCGAUCAAGGAGCAACAUCUUUUACAAUAAUUCACUGCUCUUAAGUUAAUCUAAAUAUUACAGCUUCCCUGCCAGACCUGCACCACAUUCACGGAUCCUAUGAGUGCUCAGGUCUCAUGCAUCGCCACCCCUGGCACAAAUAGCGACGGAUGCUCCACACUUGCAGUCAAAUGCACGAUAAACCCUGGAUUCGAAUGUGAUGUAGCUAAAUGCAUGGCGGACCCUGCAUACAAAUGUUAUGACGCUGUACUUAUUCUUGAAACCCCCAACGAUUUAUUUACUUCUGGCACAGGGCCUGGGUCAAUCGCAGAGACUUCUAUCACUUGUGGAGACGAUGUAGUUUGGCAAGAUUCGAAUGGAAUUCGAGGAGACAUGUUGACUGCGAGCAUUUCCCCUCAGACUUGUCUUCCAUGCCAGACGUGCACCGCAUUUGAGGAUCCAAUGGUCCCCGAAGCCACUUGCACCGCCACCGUUGGUAUGACUAGCACUGGUUGCGCCACCCUUGCAGUCAAAUGUAUGAUAAACGCUGGAUUCGAAUGUAACGAUGUUGUACUUAUUCUUGAAACCACCGGAGGCGCAUUAGAAACUUCUGGUACAGGGCCUGGGCAAAUCGCAGAGACUUCUAUCACUUGUGGGGCCGAUAAAAUUUGGCAAGAUGCAAAUGGCGUUCGAGGAAACACGUUGCUUGCGAGCGUUGCCCCUCAGACUUGUCCCUGAUA